UUAAGACUUAUUCGGUCCCCAGGGUAUAAAUAAUACAGUCCCUAGAUCCACACUUCUUUAUAUGUGGUAGGAUUUCAGACACUCGCCAUGGCCAAGGAACACUGUUUUCUAGUGGUUCUUUGUGUUACCUUUGUUUUUCACCUUGCUGUUGGAGUUGACCUGGAGGAAAUUUGCAGUAGCGAAAAGGAGUGCACUGUCAAUGGCUCAACUUGUAACAAAGAUGGCGAUGACCUAAAUAGGUGUAGAUGCAGAUUAAACUUUGUGCAAAUUAGCAAAACCUCUUGUGUGCCAGUUAUAAACGAGCUUGAAAUAUCUUGUGAAAUUACCAAUCAGUGCAGCGUCCCAAAUUCAAUUUGUAGUGGCGACCCUAAAAUAUGCGAUUGCACACUUGGAUUUGUGAGGAAUGGUAAAACCUUUUGUGUGCCAGUUAUAAACGAGAUUGAAAAAUCUUGUGAAAUUACCAAUCAGUGCAGCGUUCCAAAUUCAAUUUGUAGUGGCGACCCUAAAAUAUGCGAUUGCACAGCUGGAUUUGUGAGGAAUGGUAAAACCUCUUGUGUGCCAGUUAUUGACGAGAUUGAAAAAUCUUGUGAAAUUACCAAUCAGUGCCGCGUUCCAAAUUCAAUUUGUAACGGUGACCCUAAAAUGUGCGAUUGCACAGCUGGAUUUGUGAGGAAUGGCAAAACCUCUUGUGUGCCAGUUAUUGACGAGAUUGAAAAAUCUUGUGAAAUUACCAAUCAGUGCAGCGUUCCAAACUCAAUUUGUAGUGGCGACCCUAAAAUAUGCGAUUGCACAGCAGGAUUUGUGAGGAAUGGCAAAACCUCUUGUGUACCAGUAAGGAACGAACUUAGAGAAUUUUGUGUAAUAUCGGACCAGUGCACUGUCAGAAAUUCAAUUUGCCACAGCACCUCUAAAAUAUGCACGUGCAACAUUGGUUUUGUGCCGAAUGGUAAUACCUCUUGUGUACCAGCAAAAGGUUCACUAAAUGACGACUGUAUUUUCAACGAGCAAUGCACAGUGCCAAAUGCAGAAUGCAGGGAAGCAACUUGUGUUUGCAAGGCUGGUUUCAUAAGUCAUGGAAAUGACUGCAAACAAAGAAAAUUCGUUAGUGACAGCUGCGAUCUUUCCCUGCAGUGCCCAGACAACUCAGUUUGCCACGCUGAGAGAAAUGUGUGCGUUUGCCUGCGUGAUUUUGUAAGCCAUUCAGGGAGUCGGAGAUGUCUUAAAAGAGUUGGAUUCAACGAGCCGUGCGAAGAAACAUCACAGUGUACUGAAAACAGCAAGUGCGGCGGAGCUGUAAAUACCACAAAAUGCGCUUGUGACGACAAAUAUAUUGGCAUUGACUUAUCGUGUUGGCCAAAACGAGCUUUAAAUGAAACUUGCAUGCUGAGCCGUCAGUGUGUACUUUCAGGCGACAAACAAGACGGAGUUCUUUGUCUUGAUACCACCUGUCAGUGUCAAACACCAUUCCGGGCGAACAUCGCGGACAACAAGUGCAAUUCAGGUUCCGGUCAACAUGCCAUUGCUAUUUUUUCGAUUCUUCUCUCCAUCAUUGUUUCACGUAAUCUGUAAAUAAAAUAUCACCCCCUGGUUUUGAACAAUUUAUAAAUUAAUAAAUUAUUUCAAUCAUAAAAUUACUUCGUUUCAAAAUAUUAUAAUUCUCAUCUGUAUGGCAAUAUUUUGUGCGGAGAAGUGUAUUAUCUUUAUAUUAAUCAUAAAAGGAUUGAUGUGUUUGUGUACUCCAUCUCAGUCAGUAAAUAAAGGCAAAUCGUAAAAGGAAAAUUGCUUAUUUAUAAAAAUAAUUAUUUUAAAUGUCUUUCAAUUCUACUCAGCACAUCCUGAGGGCUAUGAGUUCACCGCAGAUUCCCAAAACAGGAUAACAUGGAGACUGAGUGGCCGCAAAGGAGCUUGGCCAUCUUUUUACCUCCCGCUACUGCACAGAAGUCUUAUUUAAUGUAUUUUUAGGCAAUGCUAAUUGUCAAAAAUUGACUAUGAUCAAAAAACUAUAUUUCAUGCUUAAGGGAAAAAUAAAAAUUUGAAUCCUAUUCUCAAAUUUAAGAAUCCA